GCCACAAUCGGUAUAAAGGCGAAACAAACGCAGCCGAAGUUGUUCCUCCCGCAAGCUCCCAUCCGCCCGCUACCCCACGCUCUGCGCCUCUGCCUAGGGUUACGAGCGACGCUGCGCCGUCGGCUGGUGCAUUGACGAGCGACGCCGCGCGGGGUUACGAGCGACGCCGUCGGCUGGUGCGUUACUCUCGUGUGCACAGCAAUGGCGAAUCUCCAGAGAGGAGAGGAACCCAAGGAAGUGUGGAUAUGGCUUAGUUCCGCAGAGUUCUUGGUUGAUGCCUAUUUAGUGCUACUGAGGAAGUUAGCUCAUGGUCAAAUGGUACUGCAUUCUCCCUUUCACUUAAUUUGUGCAAUGAAAUAUUGGAUUUACUAAUGGCUGCAGAUUAGUCAAUGAGAUAUUCAGAUGGCCUCUACACUAGGUUAUUCUUCUUAUUAAGACUAGAAAAUUUGUUUCCGCUCUUAAUAGAGAUAAUAUCUGCUGGUCUCUACAACAUUUUAAAUGGAUUGAGGAUGGUAAUUAGUGGAAUCUUUAUCAUUUGAUGAAAAUUUAACACUAUCGUGGAAUCCAAUUAAUGUACUUAUCCAUUUGGGCAGAGUUUGUUACUUAGUUUAUACUUGAUGCAUUCUAUCGACAUAUCACAUAUAUACCUAUCAGUAUACUUCCCCAGUUGAUUUAUCAUGAUGUAUGAAGCAAUAGCGUAUAAUUAAAAAACUACACACAGUAUCUUCUGAAAUUUGGUACAUUUGUGGUGCAUGGUGUAAUAUUAUGGUGUCAUUACACCAUUUCUUUGGUGCGUGGACUAUUCUGUAAUUGUUAUGAGCAGAUUCCUUGCUUUAUAAGUGUUCAUGUGAUGCAUUAACAUUAUACAUUAGUUUAUCUUGUAUAUUUGUUUUACACAUGAACUUUUAUGUUUUAUUACUUAAUUAGGAUGACUUAAUAUUGAACUUCUCCAUUGGUUAAUUACUCAUUGAUGAGGUGCAACUAAUCGAUUUUGUUUUCGUCAAUUACUUGAAUUAAAGUUCUUAUAUGAUUGUUGUUCAUCAUAUCAUCUAUAUAACAUCUUGGUGACUUUCUUUGUUUAACAGCCUACAUAUGAUGCUCAAGCAAGUAGUCUGACAUCUUUCAUACUACCAUUUCAUUUCUAAACAUGUUCUCCAUUUAUUGAACAUAUCGCUUCAUUGUUUAAAGUGGUUUAAAAUUAUUUACCACACUAAUUCGUUUUUUUAAAAAAUGCAGUCACCACACCCCAUAAAAAAGAUUCUUACUACCUUUUAUUUUUAACUGUCUACCAAAUUGAUUUUACGGAUCAUAUUAAUACCUCCUUAGUUUCGCAUGUGGACUCACUAUUUUGGAGCAGCGCUAAAUUCUUCAGUAUAGGUUGCAGCCCAAAUAAGAACAUGUGUUAUUUCCCUAGUCACACACCCUGCUUCCUUAUUUCAACUGUUUUCAACAGGUGAUUCAGGAGAAAAAAGUCCACAAGCUUGCUCCCCUUCACAAACACAAAAGGAAAAACGUUUUUCCCCUGAAUGGUGCUCUAGCGCUAGAAAAAGGAAUAGAAAAACUGUCUUCCACGUAUGAUCACUGUCAUCUUAUGUGGUCGACUGGUCGUAGAUUGUUGCAUGACCUUUUUUUGGUACAAUGACGAUAACAUCUUCUACGAUUACUUCUUGGAGAAAGAGAAGUAACACAAAUUCAGUUUUCCUCAAUCUAGUUUUAAUUUCAUAACUUCUCGAGUUUUGUUUCCUGUUUUUAACGUUUGGGUUUUACUAAACUGCUUCUGAUUUAAUAUCUUUCUGUUCUCACUCUUAGUCUUCGUUCGACCUUUGCAAAAUUAGAUACGAUUUUCUGCUCGUUCCACACAAUUUUCCUCCUCUCUUGUUGUUUUAGAUGUGAGUUUCCUUAGAUCAAUACGUGUAGCCAAAGCACAUUAAAGUCAACAUCCAUGUUGUUUGUUCAUACGCAAAGAAUUUCAUCUAGGCACGAGGACUAAUAUUUGUGAUCCUUCGAGCUUUCAUGGCCGAGAUUAGAAUUUCAUCUAAGCAUGAGGACCAAUACCUUUGAUCCUAAGAGCUUCCACUGCUGUGGUUCUGUUUAUUUCUGCUUUUUUGUUGAAAUAUGUGGACCAGAACCUCCGAUCCUUACAUGCUUCCUCGAUGAGGAAACGCUGACAAAAGUUAUUCAUCUUCAAGAUCUACUUCAAAAGGCAGAUGCAAUACGUACCACAAUGCAUAAUCAAAUAAUGGUUGUAGAAUCACUCUUGAGCAAAGUAAUUAAUGAACUUGAGCACCGUAUUGCAAGCCAGAGUGAAUUGGUGAAAGAAACUAUGGAUACCAACGGCUGUAACUCAGUUUUGAGAAUGGAGUCUCCCUGUAACACCAAUGACAGUAAAUCAUUAUCCAGAGUGGACCCUCCACAAGUGGAGUUGACUUCCUGCAGUGAUCUGGAGAAGGUUAAAGAAACUAUGGAUACCAAUGGCUGUAACUCAGUUUUGAGAAUGGAGUCUCCCUGUAACACCAAUGACAGUAAAUCAUUAUCCAGAGUGGACCCUCCACAAGUGGAGUUGACUUCUUGCAGUGAUCUGGAGAAGGUUAAAGAAACUAUGGAUACCAAUGGCUGUAACUCAGUUUUGAGAAUGGAGUCUCCCUGUAACACCAAUGACAGUAAAUCAUUAUCCAGAGUGGACCCUCCACAAGUGGAGUUGACUUCCUGCAGUGAUCUGGAGAAGGUGACUAGGGAAACCAGCAGAUAUGAGCCAACAACUCCCACUUCAAAUAGAGAGAUGCCUCCAGCUGCAUUUCAUCAAAGGAGAGAACUUCUGAGCUACGAGCAACUUUGUUGCCUCGAUGAUGUCAAUUUUGCCAAUGCUGUCAUCUUUGGCAACAAAAGCUGUUACUGUUAUCAAACACUGAACUUAGUUCUAGUUACUGUUUUCAAUCUGAAAAUUCAGAAAUACAGCAGCAUCACAUGGAACCACUCUUUUUCUUGGGUUCCAAAUGCUUCUAAUGCAAGUUGCUUAAUAAAGCUUAUACUCCAAUAGUUCCUCUA